UGGGCCGCCCCUCGCGGCACCUCCCCAACAGCCCUCGGCGGCCGCGCUGGGCAUGCUCAGUCGGCAGGGCCGCUUCAGCUCUCGGAGUAGGAAGCUAGGGUGCUCCGGCUGUAAGGAGCGGCGGCGGGGGGAAAAUGGAGCCCUUCACCAGUGAUCGGCUUCAGCUCCCCCGGAAUAUGAUUGAAAACAGCAUGUUUGAGGAAGAACCAGAUGUAGUGGAUUUAGCCAAAGAGCCAUGUUUACAUCCUCUAGAGCCUGAUGAGGUGGAAUAUGAGCCCCGAGGUUCACGGCUGCUGGUGCGGGGUCUUGGUGAGCACGAGAUGGAUGAGGACGAAGAGGAUUAUGAGUCAUCUGCAAAACUGCUGGGCAUGUCCUUCAUGAACAGAAGCUCAGGCCUUCGGAACAGUGCAGCCGGCUACAGGCAGAGCCCAGAUGGGACUUGUUCAGUACCAUCUAUAAGGACCAUGAUGGUCUGUGCUUUUAUCAUUUUGGUUGCCAUUUCUAUAAUCAUGGUGAUUUAUCUACUACCCAGAUGUACCUUUACCAAAGAAGGCUGCCAUAAGAAAAACCAAUCAAUGGGACUAAUCCAGCCAGUUGCAACAAAUGGGAAGUUGUUUCCAUGGGCACAAGUCAGGCUUCCCACUGCCAUUAUGCCACUACGCUAUGAACUUAACCUCCACCCAAACCUAACCUCAAUGACAUUCAAGGGUUCUGUGACGAUUUCACUUCAGGCUCUUCAGGCCACUUGGAAUAUCAUUCUUCACAGCACAGGCCAUAAUAUUUCAAAAGUGACCUUUAUGUCAGCAGUUUCGAGCCAAGAAAAACAAAUUGAAGUCCUGGAAUAUCCGUUUCAUGAACAAAUCGCCAUUGUUGCCCCUGAAGCCCUCCUUGAAGGACACAAUUAUACCUUGAAGAUAGAGUACUCGGCAAAUAUAUCUAGCUCUUACUAUGGGUUUUAUGGCACUUCCUACACAGAUGAACAUAAUGAGAAAAAGUACUUUGCAGCAACUCAAUUUGAACCCUUGGCAGCAAGAUCUGCAUUUCCUUGUUUUGAUGAACCAGCGUUUAAAGCCACAUUUAUCAUCAGGAUCAUGAGGGAGGAACACUACACUGCUUUAUCAAAUAUGCCCAAGAAGUUAUCAGUCACUAUGGAAGAUGGACUUGUCCAGGAUGAGUUUUCUGAGAGUGUGAAGAUGAGCACUUACCUGGUUGCUUUCAUUGUGGGGGAAUUGAAGAACUUGAGUCAGGACAUAAAUGGGACCCUGGUUUCUAUAUAUGCUGUACCAGAAAAGAUUGAUCAAGUUCACCAUGCUUUGGAAACAACUGUGAAGCUUCUUGAGUUUUAUCAAAACUACUUUGAAAUUCAAUACCCACUUAAGAAAUUGGAUUUGGUGGCUAUUCCUGACUUUGAAGCAGGAGCAAUGGAAAAUUGGGGUUUGCUCACCUUCCGAGAAGAGACACUCCUGUAUGACAAUAAUACUUCUUCGGUGGCGGACAGAAAACUGGUUACUAAAAUCAUUGCUCAUGAGCUGGCCCAUCAGUGGUUUGGUAAUCUGGUAACAAUGCAGUGGUGGAAUGAUCUGUGGCUAAAUGAAGGUUUUGCUACUUUCAUGGAGUACUUCUCUUUGGAAAAAAUAUUUGAAGAGCUCUCCAGUUAUGAAGAUUUCUUAGAUGCUCGACUUAAAACCAUGAAGAAAGAUUCCUUGAAUUCGUCUCAUCCAAUAUCAUCAUCAUCUGUUCAGUCUUCAGAACAGAUUGAAGAAAUGUUUGAUUCUCUUUCCUAUUUUAAGGGAGCUUCUCUCUUGUUGAUGCUGCAGACUUAUCUUAGUGAAGAUGUAUUUCAACGUGCUAUAAUUCUUUAUCUGCAUAAUCACAGCUAUUCAUCCAUUCAAAGUGAUGAUCUGUGGGAUAGUUUUAAUGAGGUCACAAACAGAACCCUAGAUGUAAAGAAAAUGAUGAAAACCUGGACCCUGCAGAAAGGGUUUCCUUUAGUGACUGUUCACAGAAAAGGAAAGGAACUUCUUGUCCAACAAGAAAGAUUCUUUUUAAAUAUGAAGCCUGAAAUUCAGCCUUCGGAUGCAAGCUAUCUGUGGCAUAUUCCACUGUCCUAUGUCACUGAGGGAAGAAAUUAUUCAAAAUAUUCAUCAGUGUUAUUACUGGACAAGAAAUCAGAUGUCAUCAAUCUUACAGAAGAAGUGCAGUGGAUCAAAGUCAAUACAAACAUGACUGGCUAUUAUAUUGUACACUAUGCGGAUGAUGAUUGGGAAGCACUAAUCAAACAGUUGAAAAUCAAUCCUUAUGUCUUGAGUGACAGAGACCGAGCCAACCUCAUCAACAACAUCUUUGAACUUGCAGGCCUAGGCAAAGUGCCUCUUCAGAGAGCCUUUGAUUUAAUUGGUUACCUUGGAAAUGAGACCUAUACUGCACCCAUCACUGAAGCCCUGUUCCAGACAAGCCUCAUCUUCAACCUUCUUGACAAACUGGGAUACAUGGAUCUGGCCUCAAGACUAGUGGCCAGGAUAUUUAAAUUGCUUCAAAGCCAAAUUCAACAGCAAACUUGGACUGAUGAGGGCACCCCAUCUACUCGAGAGCUACGGUCAGUCCUGCUAGAAUUUGCUUGCACCCACAGCCUAGAUAACUGCAGCACUACUGCCAUGAAGCUGUUUGAUGAUUGGGUGGCAUCCAAUGGAACUCUAAGCCUACCUACUGAUAUCAUGACUACUGUGUUCAAAGUGGGAGCAAAAACUGAAAAAGGCUGGUCAUUCCUCUUAAGCAAGUACAUCUCGAUAGGCUCUGAAGCAGAGAAGAAUAAAAUACUUGAAGCUCUUGCCAGCUCAGAGGAUGUAUGGAAACUUUACUGGUUAAUGAAAACUAGCCUCAACGGAGACAUCAUCCGGACACAAAAGCUGUCGUUUAUCAUUAGGACAGUGGGCCGACGUUUUCCUGGACACUUAUUGGCGUGGGAUUUUGUCAAAGAGAACUGGAAUAAGCUUGUACAGAAGUUCCAUCUGGGGUCCUAUACCGUACAAAGUAUUGUUGCGGGAUCAACUCACCUGUUUUCAACGAAGGCUCAUUUGUCUGAGGUCCAGGCAUUCUUUGAAAAUCAGUCAGAGGCAACGUUUCAGCUUCGUUGUGUCCGGGAGGCUUUGGAAGUCAUUCAGUUGAAUAUCCAGUGGAUGGAGAAGAACCUUAAAACUCUGACAUGGUGGUUGUAGCAUGCACAACUGCACCUCAUUUUGUUGCCCACUCAGAGAGCUUGUUAAUUUGGGCUCUGCUGCUUUUGCAAAAGCCAAGGUGAAGCCAAGGAUCGCUGCCGAGUUGUUUGCACUCUUAGGAGUUCUAGUUAGCUCAGGGCCUGUCUGUAUUUUUCAUCUGUCUUUUCUGAAAUGUCUUUGGGCGGUGUGUAAUUAUUUAUUACAAAAUGAUAAUCACUUAAAUGCCAACCAUCUACAAAAACAAUGAGUACUUUUUCUACUUUGAAGAUACACAAAUGGGGAAAAAAAUCCGUUUUGGAAUUCUCUUCUACUUCUCAAUAUCUGGAAAGUACUGACGCAGUGAAACAAGGAAAGAUCUACCACAGGAGCCUUUGCAGGCUGCUGGUUUGUCAGCUCUUUGUUGCUUCUUGUUGAUAGAUGUUAUUUGAAUGUGGUACAAAGUUAGCUUCAAAAAGUAUGGCAGUGAAGUUGAUGAGGCAUGUGACUGUGGAGAACUGAUCUCAGGUGUGCAGAUCUACUUUGAUUUGGGCUUGGAUUAAUCCUUUAUUUCCUGCAAAAGGUUGAAAUAAGAUCUAUAACUAUUGUAUUUUUUUCUGCAGAAUAGCCAGGUGCUACAGAAUUUUUUAAUUUUUGUUAUAUUGAAAAGCUAAAUAAUAAGGCCAAAAGAUUAACUUUUCCAAAUAUUUAACACUUCUUUUUUCAUCUUUUAGGAAAAUGUUUCAAACCAAGUUAGCUCUAAUUAUACUUAUUUUAUUCAUAAAUUUCAGUAUUCUCCAAAUCUGUACACCUUUAUCACUCCCUGCCAUAGAUAUAUCUUAUGUUAUAAAUAAGUAUUUCUACAUUUAUGGCAAGCAUUUUGUUAAUAUUGAUGUCUUUUAUCAUGACUUUAUCACUGUUACUAAGAUGCCUUUUGGCACGAUAGAUUAUAGAUACUCUCUGACUCAUACCCAUGGGUAGAUUUUCAUUUUAUAUGAUAGAGUAGCACAUUAGAAACAUAUUUUAAAAUAAGGCCUUUGAGAAAUUGAACAUUUUUAUUUGAAGUUCACCAUAGUACCUUAAAGGGUUAAAGAGAAUGUGGGACAGGAGUACCUUGAUUCAGGUUUGAUAUGGUGGGCUUUGAAUUUUUUCUAUUAUCAAAAACAGUACUUUUCUUUAGUUGAUAAAUUGUAGUUUUCUUUUGUCAUGGCCAAACUAACAGAUUGAAAGGAGUGGCCAAGGAAUGAGAGAAAGAAAGAAAAAUGAGGAGGAUAUCCAAAAUUAUAUGGCAUUUUUACUCCUUCUAAAGGAGAAAUAUUGUACUUGAAUUUUUGAGCUAUGCAGACUUAUAUCUAGAUUGUUGUGUUUUUUGAUUCUUCGGAGAAAAGCUUUCUUCCUAAUAAUUCUUCAGUACUUCAUAUUUUGUUUGAAAACAUCAUCUAUGUACAUAAAAAGGGUAGUUUACCCAUUUACAAGCACUUAAAAAGACUCCACAGAAUCAGACAAUGGGAAAGGUCACCUUUUUUUAUUCAGCAGGUGUAAAGUGAAAAUAUGUGGGAUUGUGUAUAAAAUUAUAUUUUAUUUUAUGAAAAUAUUUUUAUAUAACAAAAUUUAAAAGGCUGGCAAGCUAAAAGAUAGCUUUCUUUAAUCCUAGUGUGUUUUUUGCCCAAUUUAGUCUUUUCUAAACAUUUAUCUCUCUGUUUUAGAGUAGAAAAUAUUAUAUCCUGAGAAUCACAGAAUUAUCUAAAGAUGUCUUAUUGAAACUGGGGUAAUCGUAGGUCUUUUUUCCUCCUGUGCUUUAGUAAAUGAAUGAUAAUUUAGUUGAUACUGAAAGUUAGUGUGUUUUUAUAUUUCUAGAGUGGGGAAAAAUACUAAACUUUUGAGGGUUUUUUUUCGUUGCUGUUUUUUUUACCAUAUUACUAAAUUCCACUUUGAUACAGAGUUUAAAUUUUGCUACUUCUCGAAAUCAGUUAAUAUUCUUCAGUUAUCCCUGCCCAUCUUUACAUUGCUCCUGUAACAUAUGUUAACUCUGCAUAUGGCAAAUCUUGUCUUGAAUUACAGCAUUUUUUCCUGUUGAGUGAGUAUAUGUGGUGUGGGGGGUAUUAUUAUAGGUAAAACCUUAUCAAAACAUUGGCUCAAAAAGAUCACUCAUAAUCCAUUGCUCUCUUUGUUCUCAAAUGCUGUUCAUUCCCAUGAGACCAGAUCUAUACUAUUUGUAGUUUUAUUUGUGGGCCUCACCUCAAUUGUUUGUAGUUUUAGUAGGCCUCACUGAUCUUCCCACAGAAUUUCAUACUUUUUAAUGUUAUGCUAACCCAUAUCUAUGGGACUUCUAAAUACUAACUCUAAGUCAGGAAUAUAGGGUUAAGUAAUAGGUAGAACAUGUAGUAUAAUAAUUGUACCUUUUAAAAUUUUUUCCCCAAAACUUUAUCUUAGCCUCUGUAUUUCUAAGAACUCAAAUAGAUUGAAGCACAGCAGUCACGGUAUGCUUUUUUCAUAUAAGCACAUAGAUCCAUGACACAAUUGAGUACUUGUUUGACAAGUAUUAUAUUCAUUGUAGAGAGACAGUCUACUCAAAUGUAAUAAUAAAAGACAUUACACUUGGUUAUUAGAAAAGUUAAAACUGGAAAUCUGGAAUUGUAGAAGAAAAACAUAUGCUUUGGAGACCUGAAAGGCUAUGAAAAUAGAAAUCUAAAGAGUCCAGUUUGUUUUGUUAAUAUCAAGUGAUUGGAUAUAUUAAACUACAAGUAGUGUCAGCUUCCACCAUAGACUUGUGCCUUCCUCCAUUUCACUGUUUUAUAUAACUCUCUUUAAGUGAAAUUGUGUUGCUUGCCAUUGUUUCAGUGUUCAUGAUCUUUCUUACUAUCACAGGUUCUACUUAACUCUAAUGUCCUUUGCCAUUCUUGUUUUAAUUUUGUUGUACUUUAGCCACUGUGGGGAAAAGAGAGCUGGCGGAAGAGCUCUGGGUAUGUACAUCAGUCUUACUGGGUACAGAACAGAAUUCUUUCUGAAUAUUGGAAAAUAAGAAAUGAAAGUUAAAUGCUGAGUUUGCUGGAUUACUGAUAGCCUGUUACUGAGUUUGAUUUUAAAUGAGUCUACUCAGACUAAAGCACCUGGAACCAUAAUCUACAGUCAGAUGGCUGAACAUUCACAUAAUCCCUGUGCAUUUCAUGAGGCUGCAGGGAAGGUGCGUGCAUCUCAGGAGAUGUAUCAUCACCAAGGACAGCAGUUCCUGGCCUGAGUUUGCAAAACAAGCCUCCCCUUUACCUUUGUUAUCUGUUUUUAUUGGAAUUAACUCUCUUUUUAAAGAGCUCCCUCUAUGCCCAUUUGUACUUUAAAAAAAUGAUGUAUAUAUUUUUGAUGGAUUUUUUUUUUUUGCAUUCUUUUAUUUUGUUCUUCAUUCUCUACAUUGGCAAGUAAGUACCAAAUGAACAGUAGAGGUCCGAAAGUAUGAAAAAUCUCCUCUUCUCCCUUUCCCUUCUUGCAAGCAUGGGUAAUAGCUAAUAGAAUAGUUGGUUGAUUUCUUUGAGUGGCUUUUGGGGGGGGUGUAUACUUAAUAAAAAUACAUAAGUAUUUAUGUAUUUUUGAUGUGUUUUUAUGUUCUUUCAUUUUAUGUAUUUUGUCCUGAUGAAAAGUGAAAUAUUGUCCUGUGAAAAUCUCUUUUGCCUCCCCGUAUUGCCUGUGUGGGCAACAGCUAUAGAGCAGUUAUCUGUGAUUGCCUUUUUUAGAAGGAGAUGGUGAUAUUAGGAGGAGACCAGAGUAUCUUCUUUUAAAAAUGUGUACAAAUGUUUCUGCUGCUACUUUGUGGGUGUCGUUUCAUUUUAUAUCUUAUUCGUCCUUCUCAUCGAUAUGUAGAUAUCUAAUAAACUGCGAGGUCCAAAAGUAUAACAAAUGUCCCAUUUACCCCUCUCCUUGUUGCUUGCAUAAACAAUAACCUAGUCGUUGUAGUUGCUGUUGUUUAGUUGCUGUUGUUUAGAUCUGGCCUUAGGGGCAUGGGGGGAGGGGUUAUAUAUCAUCCUUUCAAGUGUAAAUACAUAUUCUGCUACUUAUUUAUAUUUCAUUUUAUAUGUUUUCUUCUGCAUGGAUGCAUAUGUACUUAAUGAAACGAGGUUCAGUGUGAACAAAUUCCCUUUUCUUUAUUGCCUCUUUGGACAGUAGCUAAUAGAGGAAUUUGUUUGAUGGUGUGGGGGAGAAUGGGACAUGUAUUUAAUGUAUAUAAAUACAUUCGCUCCUACUUUGUAUUACUAAUUCAUUUGUACUCUGUCCUUCUCAUAGGACAUGAAAGUACCUGAUGAGACGUGGAAGUCCGGAUGUAUGACAAUCUCCUCUGGUCCCCUUCCCUUUUUGCCUGCAUGGGCAAUGGCUAGUAGAGUAGUUGAUCAUUUUCAGGAGUUCUUUUGUGGGUAUUGGGAAAAAUGCUUUUUUAAAUAUAUGUAGAUGUUUUUACUUUCACACUAGAGUAUUUUAUUGAGUACCCAGUCCUUCCCUUGGAUAUGUAGGUUCCUAUUGAACCAUGGAGUUCUGAUUGUAUAACAAUCUCCUCUUUUCUGUUUCCCUUUUUAUCUCUGUAGGCAAUAAUUUUAAAGUAGUUUGAGUUUUUUGAAGUUUUGGGGGGUGGGAAGGGACUAAGGGUAGGACUUAUACUUUUGAAAACUGUAUAUACAGUGUUUAUUACUAUGUUGUAUUAUUCCAUUUUGUACCCCGUCCCUUGCUUGGACAUGUAGGUACCUAAUGAAAUGUGGAGGUCCGGAUGUAUGAAAAUCUCCUCUUUUCCCCUUUCCUUAUUGCCUCUGGAGGCAAUAGUCUUAGAGUAGUCUAGAUUUUUUUUUUCUUUUUACUCUACCACUCCUUCUCCUAGGAGGGUGGGGAUAUGUACUUUUUAAAAUGUAUAUAAACGUUUUUGUUUCUUUUAUCUGUUACUUCAUUUUGUACCUAGAACUUUCCAUGGAUACUUAGGUAACAUGAUGAAAAUUAAGGUUCACUCUAUGAAAAAAAUCUCCCCUUUUCCCCUUCCCUUGUGGCCUGUCUGGGCAAUGACUAGUGGCAUAGUUGUUUAGAGGGAUUUUGUUUUUGUUUUUGUUUUUCAGCAGGGUGUUAGAGGAUUUCUGGGUUUGCAUUUUUAAAAUUGUAUAUAAGUGUUUGCUACUUUUUUUGUUCUUUUACUCCAAACCUAGUUUUCUGUUUGGACUUGUAGAUAUCAAAUGUAAUGCAGAGGCCUAGAUACAGAGGUGUGGUAAAUCUUUUCUCCCCGCCACCUAUAACCAGUGUUCAAAGGCAAUAGUACUUUAGGGCUUGGUUUUUGUUUUAGUUUGUUCGUUUUUGAGGUUUUUAAUGGGGAAUGGGCUUGUUAAGCAAGAUAUGUAAUUUUUUAAUUGUAUAUAAAUGUUUUUACCUCAUUUUGUUGUUCACUUCGUUUUAACUCUAGUCUUUGCAUGACUAUUUAGGUACUUAAUGAAAGUUGAGAUUGAUUCUAUGAAAUAUCUCCCAUAUUCCCUUUCCCUCAUUGCCUGGUGGGCAAUCGUAGAAUAGAUGUUUGGUUGCUGUGUUUGGAAGAGUGGGGGUGGGUGGGGGAGGUCUGUGUGUGUGUGUGUGUGUGUGUGUGUGUGUGUAUGUGUGUGUAUGUGUGUAUAUGUAUAUAUUUCUAAUGUAUAUAAAUGUUUGCUACAUUUGUGUAUUAUUUCAUUUAGUACCCAGUACUUUGCUGGGACUUAUAGGUACAUAGUAAAACAUGGAGGUCCAGAUGUAUGAUAAAUCUCCUCUGUUCCCCUUCCCUCUCUGCCUGCAUGGGCAAUAGUUUUAUAAUUUGGGUUUCUUUUUCUGGGGGGCCGGAUUAUUUGGGUGAGUAGUAGUUAAGGGAAAAGCACAGGAUAUGAACUUUUAAAAUAUAUGUAUAUAAAUGUUUUCUUGUUACUGAUUUUGUACCUAGUUCUUUGCAUGGGUGUAUAUGUACCUAAUGAAAAUCGAGGAUCAGUGUAUGACAGAUCUCCUCUCCACCCUUCCCCUUAUUGCCUGUGUAGGCAACAGUGAGUAGAAUAGUUGUGUGUUGUUCACUGAGUUUGUUUGGGAGGGAUUUAUAUUUUUGGUAAGGGAAUAUUUUUAAUACAUAUAAAUACGUUUUUAUUUCUUUGUUAUUUCAUUUGUAUUAGUCUUUUGCAUGACUACGUAGGGACCUAAUGAAAAUUGAGUUUCAUAAAUUGAAAGAUCAUUUCUUCCUUUCCCACAUAUUUCCUCAUUUAGCAGUAGCUAGCAUAGCUGUUGUUUUGUAGUCAUUUUGUUUUAUUCUCUAGGAUAUAGGCCUUUAAAGAUGUAAAUAUAUAUGCACAUACAUAAUUUGCUUUUUUCCCAUUACUUUUCUUUAAUACUAGUCCCUUGCAGGGCUCUUAAUAUAGCUAACAAAUAAAAUCUCACCAAAUCCCUGCCAUCUGACUUGAAAGUAUAGCAUUGUGAUGGUGUCACUAAUGGCAGUGGGCAUGUAGCCAGUAAGAUGAGAGAAGACACUUGGAUAUGAUUGAGUUGUGAAAGCUAAUCAGAUCCAGCAUUUCCUGUGUCCAUUCAAACUGAAUGAAAUGACGAAAAGGGACCUAUGCUUUGGAAGCUCCAGAAAGGCAAGAGGACAGUACUAAGUAAAACAGUGUUUGAAGUUUAUUGCUAACUAAUCUUUUAGUGACUGGUAAGCCAGUGAAAGACCCUUGUGAGUAGCUUCUGUUGAGUCUUGGAAUUCCAAUUCAUCUAUAGGAGUCUGUUGCAGUUCCAUCAAUAGCAUGUUCUUGUGUACUUGGUAGAAAUUAUUUUGCCAUUUGUAAUGAAUCUUUUGAGUUAUUGCUGUGGUUCCAGUGAAUCAUAACAUCGGCCCAUAAACUAAUCCCAAAAGAAUUUGGGGACAAGACCUUUCUAUCUUAUGGUAUGGACAAGUUAGUCCUUUCCUACCCAGAGCUCUUCUAUGUGACUGCAUCUCUCUCCUCAGUUCUCCAUUAGCUGGACCAUUUUUGUUUUGUUUUGUUUUCUUUUCUUUUCUUUUCUUUUUUUUCUUCGGUGCCUGCACUGCUAGAUGUUAUUUUCAAGUGCACUCAAAAAUGUAAGCCAUUGUUACCUCAUUAGCUGUAUGUUUUUGCAUUCAUUUCAUACAUCCAGACCUGUUUGUUUGCUUUCAGCAUUCUCAAAUCAUGUGUCAUACUGACUCUUCAUCCACCACAUGGCAAAUAAUAUGACUCCACAUGUGUCCGUAUCAAAGAAUGCAUGUGUAAAAUCCAUCCCUCUGUUCUUCUCUUCCUCCCUUCCUUCCUUCCUUCCUUCCUUCCUUCCUUCCUUCCUUCCUUCCUUCCUUGCUUCCUUUCUUUGAGCUUCUGAACAUUAUUGGUUUGUUCUGCAAUUUAUAAUGAAUAUAAUGCUGAAGAUUUGCCAUAUUCUUAUUUUUUUUGGAAACAUUGAGUGAUAAGACUCUAAAAAAUUUGCAGAGAUGUUAUUUACCAUAUCAAAUUCUCAGGUUCUAGUGUUGAAAAGUUAGCCUAUACAUUGCUGUUACUUAUACUUGCUGCUGUACAAAAAAAUAAAAGUUGUAUUCAUGACACAUCUAACUUUGAUCAUAAAUAAAAGAGAAGGGGGCACCUUUUUGGAGUUAGUCACGGUAGUCAGUGAUAUUUCUGAACAGUUCUUAAUUUGAAAUACUUCAAAAGAAGUAAAGGUCAUGGUUUAGUUGAAUGAAGUGCUCCAGAAGUUGAACUGUAUAAGCCAUCAGUACAAUAAUACACUCGUGUGUAUAUCUUAAAAGAUUUCUUCCUUCGUGUGUGUGUGUGUGCGCAGGCACGUGCACUCACGUAUAUAAAAUGAGAACUACAUCAUAAUUGGAGCUUUUGCAUUAAUCAGCAAACUCACAUUGAGACAAAACUUAAUUUUACAGCUAUUUCAAGCCAAGUGUUCCAUGUUGCUGUGAAGAAUAGUCUCUUUCAAACACUUUGAAAAGUAAUUACUUGGAAGCUUGUAAGGGUCUUACAUUUUUGCAUUUAAACACCUAUUGAGAUCUCCAAUUCUUUGAAUCUGAGCUCGAGGGUGGAAUUCUAAAUUUGUAUCAUAAUCUGUCUCUUGUGGAAGACUUUGGAAAUAGUAUGUAUAUAUAUAAUACUAUGUAUGCAAAUUUUGUGUUGUGUCACUCGUAAAGGGAAAAGGCUUAUUUUUCUUUAUACUCCUGAUAACUUGUUUUGCAUAUGACCAGCACUGACUGAAAGGCAUGUGUAAUUGCAAACACUGUUGCUUUUGUGUGUGUGUGUGUGAAAUGAAAAUAAAAGUAUUUAAAUAUAAA